AUGGAUGGCUGUUUAGAACCCAUAAAGAAUUCCAAUGAUCAACAAUCUCUAGGAACUUCUGGUAACAUGUUGCGCCAAAUAAAUGCAAGUAUAAAUCUGCAAGACAAGGCCCAAUCAAGAAAGCCUGGUUUGUCCUAUGCCGAUCUCCAUCAUGAGAUUACAAGAAAUGUAAAAGAUAUCCCAUCUAAUUCUGUUGGGAACCACCAAAAGCAGCGGAUUAAUAGAAAGACAACUGCUGAAGAAGAACUUGUUAGGCACAUGUCAAAUUUGCCAAGUUAUCUUGAGAGAGGAAAAAACCUUCAGGAGAAAGUUUUAAAUGUUGGGGUCCUAGACUGGGGCCGCCUAGAAAAAUGGCAGUGUAGCCAUAAACAGAUGCCAUACAGAAGUAGCCGUUAUUCACCGUCCAGUAGUAAUACAACCUCAUGUUUUUCGACGGAUGGAUCAUCAACCCAUUCCAGCCGGGGUCACAGCCGUUCUCCUGCUCGGCCAAGGAUGCAUCGUCAUUCUCUGCAAUCUCAUUUCACGAAAUCUCCAACAGAAGGCCAUUCUGAAGGUGUCAACUCUUUUGGAGAAAGGGUUGAAAAGUUUCAAGACCUUAAAGCUGACCAGAGUAGCACCGUGAAUGGGUCGGAAAAGUUCAUUGGAACAGAUACAUCUCUAUGCAGAAGCCGCAUAGACAUGAAGGUGGAACAGUGUAAGAGUAAAGAUUCAGAUGCAAAGUGUGAGCCAGAAAAAAGAAGUUUGUGGAAUGGCCCACAUUUGGAAAUGGCAGCUCAUUUAAAGGUAAAGAAAAAGGCUCAAGUUGGUGAAUUUAUUCAGAAAGCAGAGAACUUACAGAAACCAUAUUCAGAAAAUUUUGAAUUAGAUAUUCCUGAAGGAUGCAAGAAAGUUGUUCUGCUUUUGCCUAGAGAUUUUCCCGAAAACAAUCACUCUGGGGUUUCCCACCUUUCUGAUUCAACAACACUGCUUCAUCAAAGAGCGGAGAAAACUACUCGAGCAAGCUCUUCAGAGAGACCCAAAGAGGCCUGCCAUGCAGAGCUCAAUUCUGAUUUCCCACAUUCGUGCCAUUUUCCUUCUGAAGUUGAAAGUAAACACUCUCGGGUAAAACACCUUGGCUCCACAGAUGGUGCGACUCUCAGAUUUCAAUCUAAUACACCUAGCUCAGCAUCAUUGUCAGCUAAAACAGGAACAAACCCAUACAGAGGCAGAAAUGUAGAAGAGAAAAAAGUAGCAGUAAUGUCCACAUCUUCUUCAACUGUAAGUGAGCCUUAUAAAGGAUUGGAUCUGAAACCAAGCAAAGCAACUGCUGAAAAAGUAAGAAACACUUCACCUUUUCACCGAUUUAGCAUCGGUGUGGGUAAGAUGAGUAAGCAUACGAGUUCUAAGGACUGUUUAGAUACACAGCAGCUGAGCUCAACAGCUUUUUCAGCUAAACCUGGUUCAGAGAACACUGUGACUUCCACAUUCUUAGGUGCUUCAGAUGGUCAAAAGUCCAAUGCCACUGGCAGAGCCAAGUCCCCUCUGAGAAGGUUACUGGAUCCACUGCUGAAGUCAAAGGUGGCAAACUCCCAUCACUUAGUGGAGCCAUUAGAGAAAGAUUCCAUAUUGUCUGAGGGGCGGGUGGAUUCUUUGUCCGAGCAGCCAGGGAAGGUAAAAUUAGGUAUGACUGGUUGUAGGACAAUUAAUGUCAAUGAGCCAGUAAAGGCCAAGAAGUGUGGAUCAACUGCAGUUCAAGCUCUUCUACGAGUUGCAGUUAAGAAUGGCCUGCCCCUGUUCACAUUUGCGGUUGACAAUGACAUCGACAUCCUUGCAGCCACGAUGAAGAAGCUAAAUACCUUGAAAAAGGGUGACUGCAGCUGCAUCUACACAUUUUUCAGUAUCCGGGAAGUCAAGAAAAAAAGUGGAACUUGGAUAAAUCAAGGCAGCAAAGGCAAGAGUCACGACUAUGUCCGUAAUGUUAUUGCUCAAAUGAAGGUCGCUGAUUCUCAGUUUCCCAAUUUGGUUAUACCGGAUCACUUUAGCAUGAGAGAGUUUGUUUUAUUUUCUGGAAACCUGAAACAGGCAGAUUGUGAAACCUCAGACUUCCAGCCAAGUGAUGAGCUAGCUGCUGCUGUUGUCAAAAUCCCCAAAAUGGUCAGUCAGCAAUCCACUGGAGAUUGGCAUCAUUGGGAUAACUGUAGUAACUUGCCUGCGGUUGGUUCAAAAGAGUGUUUGUCAAGGGUGAGACGCCAUUCUUACUCUGGGGAAGCUGUAGAGAAGCCUUUUGUUGGUGGUCAAGGCCUAAUUAGCACAACAGUCAUACUUCCAAGUGGUAUCCAUAGUCUACCAAGUAAUGGGGGACCAUCAUCACUGAUUGAACGUUGGAAUUCAGGUGGAUCAUGUGACUGUGGAGGUUGGGAUUUGGGUUGCAAACUUAGGAUAUUUGACAAUCAUAAUCCAGUCAAUGAGAAAGUGAAAUCACAUAAGGUUUGUUCCAUCACAGAUCGGUUCGAGCUUUUCCCUCAGGGAGGUUUACAAGAAAACCAGCCUACUUUCAGUAUGUCCCCAUUCAGGGAUGGUAUCUAUUCGGUUGAGUUCAGUUCUUCAAUCUCAAUCUUACAGGCAUUCUCCAUUUGUAUAGCAGUAUUAGAUAGUUGGAACUUAUGUGAGUUCUCGGAGUCAAGGAAGUCGUUAGAAGAAAAAACUUCUGGAGAAAGCAUAUUAAUGCAAAAUGAUGGAUUAAGUGCUCCAAAUCGAACGGAAGGGGAAGUUCCUGCAAGAUAUGUCUCAUAUCCCCCACUUUCUCCAGCCGGGAGGGUCUAG